AUGACGACUAUUGCGGUGGUUCCAGGAGAAAAUGCUGCGGCAAACAUCGACGACCAGACAUCGAGAUCCACGUUCAAUGUCGGGUCGAGAAAAUCCAAGCUUGCUCUGAUACAGACGGACCUGGUCGUCAAGGCUUUAGCAUCGACAUGUCCCGACAAUGUGUAUGCAAUCAAGGCUCGCGAUACGGCGGCAGGUGAUAUCGACAAGAUCACUGCUUUCAAAGACAUGGCUGUCAAGAAUCUAUGGACGCACGAACUGGAAGUGCUGAUGGUUGAAGGACAACUGGAUUUCCUCGUUCACUCGCUGAAAGAUGUUCCAACGCAACUCCCACCUGGCUGUGAAAUAGGCGCGGUUCUGGCUCGAGAGGAUCCCAGAGAUGCCUUUGUUGUCAAAGCGGGCAGGAAGCCUUGCAACAUUGAAGAUCUCCCUUCGGGUUCGGUCAUUGGGACAUCCUCCAUCCGACGAACUGCCCAGAUCGCAUUCAAGUAUCCUCAUUUACGUGUAGUCGAUGUGAGAGGCAAUGUUCCGACUAGGUUGGCCAAACUGGAUGCCGAAGAUGGGCCCUUUGAUGCAUUGAUCCUCGCCGCUGCUGGUCUUAUUAGGCUUGGUCUGGGGGACCGAAUUACUCAGUACCUGGAUUCUAAAAGUGGAGGAAUGCUACACGCGGUCGGACAAGGAGCUAUUGGGGUUGAAAACCGGUCGCGAGAUGAUCGAGUGCAGAGAAUGCUGAGUUUGAUUGAUCACCAAAAGACUCAUCUUGCCACAGCGGCAGAACGUAGCUUGUUAAGGACUCUGGAAGGAGGAUGCAGCGCUCCUUUAGGCGUCGAAACCACCUGGGUUGAGAAUGGAGAUGAUCAGACCGUCCUUGAAUUGAAAGCUCUGGUUGUCAGCACAGACGGCAAAGAAAAGUCCGAGAUUGACAUGACCGAAAAGAUAACAAGCCAGGAGGAAGCCGAACUUUUCGGAAUAAAUGCAGCGUCUCAAUUGCUUCGCGAGGGGGCUGACAAAAUCCUGGCUGAGAUUAAGGCAAAGAGACCGACGACGGCGGCCGAUCUUGAAGAGAAAUGA